CACACACAGGGGCGGACAUAUCUGGCGGCUGGCUGUGACACUGCCGUCCGCCGUCGUCCUCGUUGUCGUUGCCUCCGCGUCACCGUCUCCAUCGUCGAAACAUGGCGAGCAGUGAUCCGCACGCAGAGCCGGGCACGCCUGCGUAGUGCUCCGUUUCAGUGUUCUCUUGUAUGCCGCCGGGGUUGGUUUUGCGCCGCGAACUUCUGAGUUCAAUCUAGCGGACGGUGGUUCGCAUGUGUGUGAGUGCGUGUACGAUUGAAAGGGCGAGUGCGGGGAUCACGAAACGAUCGAGCGAUCAUCUCUCAAGCGAUCGGGCUUGGUAACCGAUCCUAACGCCGAAAGGAUACGUUCGCGUGCGUACCAGUGUGCGUGCCAGACAGCGGGGAAGGUCCAGAGUAAAUAAACACUUGCGCCGACCGAGCAGGCAUUCAGCAGCAUUCAAACGCACAUGAUGUUCUCCCGACUCGUGCUCGCCAGAGGCUAUCACAGUACGAAGGGUGUCUUUGGCUACCGACCGCGGCCCAAGCCCCACUACGAAGGCUUGAAUGGUGCGGUGCAGGAGCAGCGCAAUCGUAACGGCAAUGUGUACCGUUGGAUCGAAGCCUACCGGCACCACGGGCAUCGGAUUGCGUCGAUCGAUCCGGUGCGGUUUCGGGCACCGGGCAAACCGGACACCGGCGAGGCGCUGCCCGAGCUGGACUACACGCGCUACGGUGUGAAGGCUGCCGAUCGGAUCGACCCGUCCGGAUUGCUGCACGUGCCGGCCCCCACGCCGGGGACACUAUCGCCCGAGGAGCUGGAUCGCGUGCUGCGCGAGAUGUACUGUGGCACGUGCAGCAUCGAGCUGGCGUUCAUCGAGUCGCAGGAGGAGCGCGAAUGGCUUACGGAGCGGUAUGAGCGGCUGUCGGAGCGGCAGAUGGGCGCGGACGAGCGGCGCGAGAUCGCCGAGCUGAUGCUGAAAUCGCAAGCGUUCGACCAUUUUCUGGCGACCAAGUUUCCCACGGUGAAGCGGUACGGUGGCGAGGGCGCCGAGAGCAUGAUGGCGUUCUACCGGGAGCUGUUCCGGUGCGCGGCCGAUGCGGAUCUGCGUAACAUCGUGAUCGGCAUGCCGCACCGCGGAAAGCUGAACGUGCUGACCACGCUGUUCGGUACGCGGCCGGCCAAGAUCUUCCGGAAGUUCAAGGGCUACCCGGAGUUCCCGGCGGACGCGCACGCCAUGUGCGACAUCGCAAGCCAUUUCCACACGUCAACCGACAUUACCGUCGGCGGGAAAACGUUCCACCUCAACAUGCUGCACAAUCCAUCGCACCUGGAAGCGGUCAAUCCGGUGUCGAUGGGCAAAACGCGUGCCAAGCAGCUCGCCCUGCGCGACGGCCCGUACGGCGACGACCCCGCUGCGGGACCCUCGAAGGCACUGAACGUGCAGGUGCACGGUGACGCCGCCUUCCCGGGCCAGGGCAUCAACCAGGAGUGCCUGUUGAUGGCCGAGGUGCCGCACUUCGAGGUGAACGGCACGAUCCAUCUGGUGGUGAACAAUCAGGUCGGGUUUACCACGCCGGCUGCUCGUGGCCGUGGUACACGCUACGUGACCGAUCUGGCGAAGUCCAUCAUGGCACCGAUCGUACACGUCAACGCGGACGAUCCGGAGGCACUAACGCGCGUCACCCAGCUCGCCGUCGACUACCGGCAGCGCUUCGGGAAGGACUUCUUCAUCGAUUUGAACUGCUUCCGCCGGUGGGGACACAACGAGCUGGACGAUCCGACGAUGACCAACCCGCUGCUGUACAAGGUGGUGCACGCGCGCCCCUCCAUCCCGGACGCGUACGCGCGCAAGCUGAUCGACGCCGGCCUGCUGGACCAGGAUGACGUCAAUGCCAUCUCGAAGAGCUACCAAAACCACCUGACGGCCGAGCUGCAGGCGCACGAGCAGUACGAACCGGAGCGGAGCUACUUCGAGCGCCAGUGGAGCGGUCUGCAGCAGCCCGGCGACGAGGUGACGGUGUGGAACACCGGCCUCGACUAUCGCCUACUGAGCCAUAUCGGUCGCGAAAGUGUCCGCCUUCCGGAAGACUUUAACGUUCAUCCACAUCUCAAAAAAACGCACGUCGAUGCGCGACUCCGGCGGCUCGCCGACGGCCAGCGGAUCGACUGGGCGACGGCGGAAACGCUCGCGAUCGGCAGCCUGCUGUAUCAGGGGUAUAACGUGCGGCUGAGCGGGGAGGACGUCGGGCGCGGUACCUUCUCCCAGCGGCACGCCAUGCUGGUCGACCAGGAGACGAACGAAAUCUACAUCCCGCUCAACGGUAUGGCCGCCGACGGCGUACCGGAGCUGGGGCGCUUCGAGCUGGCAAACAGUAUUCUCUCGGAGGAGGCCGUGCUCGGCUUCGAGUACGGCAUGGCCAUCGACAGCCCGAACAGUCUCGUGAUCUGGGAGGCGCAGUUCGGGGACUUUUUCAACGGCGCGCAAAUCAUCAUCGAUACGUUCCUGGUCAGCGGUGAAACAAAGUGGAUGGUGUGCAAUGGACUGGUGAUGCUGUUACCGCACGGGUACGAUGGGGCCGCCUCCGAGCACAGCUCGUGCCGCAUGGAGCGCUUCCUGCAGAUGACGGACUCACGCGAAUCGAGCCCGGACGGGGAUGACGUUAACCUGCAGAUCAUCAAUCCGUCCACGCCGGCGCAGUACUUCCACGCCCUCCGGCGCCAGAUGAUCCGGAACUACCGCAAGCCGCUGCUGGUGGUUGCCCCCAAGACGCUGCUACGGCUCUCCGAUUGCGUGUCCACGCACGCCGACUUCGCGCCGGGCACCUACUUCCAGCCCGUACUCUCCGAUCCGGCCGACGGCGCCACCGUCGAUCCGAAGCGCGUCCGGCGGGUGGUGCUGUGCAGCGGCAAGCACUACUACACGCUGCAGGCCGAGCGGAAGGCACGCAACGUCAACGAUGUGGCGCUCGUGCGGCUCGAGUCGCUCUGCCCGUUCCCGGUGCAGGCGAUACGGGACGAGCUGGCCAAAUAUCCGAACGCACGCGAGUUCGUCUGGAGCCAGGAGGAGCAUCGCAACAUGGGCGCGUGGACGUUCGUGCAGCCCCGCUUCGAAAACAUGUGCGAAAGAAGGAUCCAGUACCGUGGCCGUGCGGAGGGUGCCACCGUGGCCGUCGGUGUCAGCAAGUGGCACACGCAACAACUAGAAGAUGUGAUCAAGACCACAUUCCAGUAAAAACAAAAACUUUCUACCAAC